UCGCGCAGCGCUAUUUCAUUAGUAUGUAACGUAAUUUAGGGUUUUUAAUUUUCAAUUAAAACAUGACGACGACGGAAGUUUCUCUUUCGGUGUUAGCUCAGCUAACCUAAGUUAAGCUAGCUAGCGUAGCUUGAUCUCAGCUAACGUGCAAGGUAAUAGUAUGUGUGUCGCUCAGCUACACAUACACACACACUUACGUACUGAGUGCACCAGCUUCGAAAGUACAAAAAUAUUAACCAAACUUCCCAGCAAAACUUGUACAUGGAUGCACUGAUAUUAGUAAAUAAUGUAAGGGAGUGUGUUUAUUCACCUAGGUUGAAGCUGCAGAACGCUGAGGUAAAACUGUCAUUUUCUGUAUGUAAUUAACGCUCGAUUGUUUGUGAAUAAAUUUAGCGACUGUCUGCCAUCAGACUAGUGGCCGGGGAGAUGGCGUUAGCAGGCUAACUUAGCUCCCUUAGCUAGCCUUGUAACACUAGCUGCUCACUUGAGACGAGGUCGGUUUCAUUGUCUGUCGUGUAUCGCUAUUUGCACAGACAUCGGUGCUACAAAAAUCACACUUUUGCCACAAUAUUCAAAGGAGCAAGGGCUGCAGGGUUGAGCUUAUUUCCUCUAAUUUCUGAAACUGAUGAUAAUCACAAUGGGCUGUUAGCUCGUGAUAGUUAGCCGCUGGUUUAGUAGCCGGACAGAUGGACAGGUUGUUGUUGGCAAGCCAAGUUAACGUUAGCAUGCGAUAGCUUGUUGUUGUUUGGUGGGUUAGUUGAAAAUGGGCAGCUUUUCUUUUGGGCAAAGUUGAGUCACUGAAGUUUAUGAACAUCAUAACCAGUAUUGCCACCGAAUAAGGUUAAACCUGCUGUGCCUUUUCAAAGGCAGAUGGGCAUGGCUUUAUGAGCCAUUGAUCUAAGAACUUUGUCAGAUUAGCUCAACCGUGAAAAGCCUUUUUAUGGAGGCGUAAUGGUGGACGGUAAUGCCUCCGUCGGGUUGGUGUGUCCACGACAGCUUGGUAUCAAACACCCACACUAAACCGUGGUAAACUUAAACGCCUACUUUUAUUCUUUUAAACCGGAAUAGGAAUGUUUGUGUAAGUCAGAUAAAAAUCAUACCACUUAAUGUAUGACAUGAAACGUCUUACAGUCAGGUUAAGGGCGCACUCUCCAGUUGCUGUACCGUUCAUUUCCCGUUGAAGUCAGGCGUUUAAAGGCGUGCCUGCUAUUUUAAUCAUUUGAGGAUAAUUGUGAGACGCUUCUUAAUCAUCAAGCCUCGCAGUCACGCUGCCUGGUCUUGGUGUCGGAGACUUCUUUAUGCUUAAAGGCGGCCUUAUCCUCAGCAAUCUGGGAACUGUGGGUCAUGUUAUUCCAGUGGGGUGAGAGCAGCCAUGUCAGAGGACGCAGUGCGUCAAACACGCAGCCAGAAGCGGGCUCUAGAGAGGGACCAUGCAGCUCUUGCUGGGUCCCUGGGGGACAUGGACAGUAAACGUGUUAAACUGGAGAAGAGUGAUGCAGCUGGGACCCCUCUGGCCCUUGUGGGAUCUGGAACCGAGAGUGUCAAGCUCAAGAGUGAGCAGGCUGCUAAGGUAGCAGCUAGCAUCCUGAAGGCUGGUGAAGUGAAAGCGACCAUUAAGGUGGAGGUGCAAACUGGAGAUGAGCCUGUUGACAUGAGCACAUCCAAAAGUGACAUUAAGAAAGAGCGACAGCCGCCCUCGCCAGAUGAUGUGAUUGUGUUAUCGGACAAUGAGCCAUCUAGUCCCCUCAUGAAUGGCCACUGCUUCUCAAAGACUGACACAGAUAAACUUAUGAAGAGUUCACCUGAGGAAAGGGAGCGCAUCAUCAAACAGCUCAAGGAGGAACUAAGACUCCAAGAGGCCAAACUAGUGUUGCUGAAGAAACUACGACAGAGCCAGAUCCAAAAGGAGAGCACAGUACAGAAGGCUACUGGCUCUGUGGCUACUCCUCCCCCAUUGGUGAGAGGUAGUAUUACAUCAAGCAAAGGAUCCCUUCAGGUGACGGGUCGCAGCUCAGGCACAGUGAUUCCCCCUCCCUUGGUGCGGGGUGGCCAACACAUCCCGUCCAAACACAACUCUCAGAGUGUCAUGCCCCCCCUGGUCAGAGGAGCCCAGCCUAUUGCAGUGACUCCCCAGCAGAUAGCCAGUCUACGUCAGCAACAGCAGCAGCAUAGCGGCUCAGGGCCCCCUCCACUCUUGCUGGCUCCGAGGGCUUCUGUGCCCAAUGUCCAGGUCCAGGGCCAGAGGAUCAUUCAGCAGGGACUCAUUCGGGUGGCUAAUGUGGCCAACAGUAAUGUCAUGGUCAACAUCCCUCAGGCCUCUCCAACCAGCCUAAAGGGCUCUUCAGUCUCACCCAACUCUAGUGUCAAUGACUCUCCAGCCAGCCGGCAGGCAGCUGCUAAACUUGCACUACGUAAGCAAUUGGAGAAGACGCUGCUCGAGAUCCCUCCACCAAAACCUCCUGCCCCUGAUUUCAACUUCCUGCCUUCUGCAGCCAAUAAUGAAUUCAUUUAUUUGUUGGGCUUAGAGGAAGUGGUGCAAAAACUUCUGGAGAUGCAUGGCAGAGGUAAUCUUGGCCCAGCUGCAGCAAUGGCCAGCUCCGUUCCCAAAGAGCCAUACACCUGUGCCCAGUGUAAGACUGACUUUACCUCUCGCUGGAGAAAGGAGAAGGCUGGGACCAUCCUCUGUGACCAAUGCAUGUCGUCCAAUCAGAAAAAGGCCCUAAAGGCCGAGCACACCAGUCGAUUGAAGGCAGCCUUUGUCAAAGCACUCCAACAGGAGCAAGAAAUUGAACAGCGUAUCCUCCAGCAGGCAGCCUCCUCUUCUUCCUCCUCUGCUUCCUCAAUCUCUAAAUCCACCUUGUCCUCCUCACUGUCCAAAAAUGAGGUGCUGGUCUCCCACCACUAUAAGCAGGUCAGGGCUGCCAUGCAGCACAUACCUGUGUCUACUCACCACUCCAGCAUUAAGCAGGGUCAUCUGUCACACCUCCAGUCUGCAAUUAACGCUCGUGGUGUGGCCCACUCUUUCUCCUCCUCACAGCUGCAGAAUGCUGUGACAGCAGCAGCACUGGGUAGUAGGUCCGGUAAGCAUGCUGCAGCUCGCUCGUUGCAGCAGGGGGCAAAGGUUGGUGCUGGUGGCAGUGGUAACCAGAGCAACGUGGCUGCCUGGAGGAAGCAGACCGGUGGCAAUGCAGGUGUGACCAUGGCCUACGUGAACCCCAGCUUGUCUGCUCAUAAGACCUCUGCUUCAGUUGAGCGUCAGCGAGAAUAUCUUCUGGACAUGAUUCCCUCCCGCUCCAUCUCCCAAGCAGCAAACGCAUGGAAAUAAUGCAAUCCCACUCCCUUUGACACCAUAACAUUUAGCUCCCUUAACAUCAAUAACAGCCAUUCACAUUAUUGUUCUAAUUCUUUCUAUGGAUUCGGCCUCUGGCCAAAACGGUGCAGAAUUGGCCUCUUCUUGUUGGAUAGAGGUGUCCUUACACCUUUCACCAUAUACUUCUGCUACCUUCUUCCUUUUCUGAAUCCUUCCCCCAUUGGAGUUGUGCUGUGACGGCUUCAAGAUACAAGGAAUAUGUUAAAUAUAAAAUGGGUACCCUUUCAGAGGGAUAUGGAUGACGUGUGUACAAUUUUACAGACUUCUUCAGUGAUGUUGCCUCUCCCCUUCCCUGUAUAUUGGUUGAACCUUCCAGUUGCACCAAGAGGAAGUUUCCGGAGAAUCCCUGAGCUCCUCUGCCUCUGGAUUAGGCAAGGAAAAGUAAUAAAUACUAUUACCCACCGUAAGAGAUUCGUCUUACUUCCUGCCCUUGUCUAGUCUGAACCAGUCAGACUGAGGCUGUGGUUGCCAAACUGAACGUAACUGAAGACCUCAUUACAGGAAUUGUUGAGCUUUGAGGACCAUCCACAAAAUAAGAACUGCUUCAGCUUUGCAAAAAUGAAUAAAGUAAAAAAAAAAGAAAAAAAGAAAACUGGAGGAAAAAAAAUCUAUCUACACACAGACUGCCUCUUCUCUCAAACCUACAGCGUGUAUAAUAGAGAAGUUGAUGUGUGUUGGAUUAUUUUGUAUGGCUGAAUGUUAGGAUUUUGUCUUUUCUUCUGUAAGUCAUAUACUGUGUUUGGAAUAUUGUGCUCCCUGAUACUUUGGAAGUGGCCUCAUGUCGAGGUCUGAAUUUAAAGGCUAAUGUUACUGUUGAGGUGGUUUUACAUCUGCUGGGUUCCAUGUUGCAGCCUACUUUUAAAUGCUUUGUUUUUUCUAAGAUCAAGAGAAAGAAUAAAAAUUAAGGUUUCACUGACUCGUUAAAAAAAGAAAAACAUGGGGCAUAUUCUUAAUGAAUAUUGUAAAAUAAACCUUCCAAAGAACUAGUGGAGCCCAAAUGGAAUCCCUUCUGCUAGAAGGUUUCUAGUUUAUUUGAACCCUCUCUGAAUAUAAACAUGAAUUCAUGCUAAACUGAGGGGGUGUAAGGAAUGUCAUAUUUUUGACAUUAUUUUUGCUUUUAGUCAUAGGUUGUGGUGCAUCCCCCCCCUUCUAUAGACAAACUAUCUGAAUUUAUUUAUAGGGUUAGUAAAGACACAUGCGUAUGCCCUAAGUUUGCAAGGAUCUUCACUUAGAAUUUGUUUUCUCUUGUUUGUCAAGUGGCUCCCACAUACCCUAUGAUUGGUCCAAGAGAAGCUGGACAGCAUUCAGAAUGUAGUUAUGCAAAAACCCCUAUAGCAACAAAUGACAUGAACUUCUAGUCUUUAACAUUAAAGUGUGUGUGAUUUCUGUCAGGUCAUUGAAUUGAGCUAACUCUGCCUUUCACAUGAGCUAUAGUGCAUUUCUAUCAGGUUGCAGCAGCACAGGAUAAGCUAGUGAAGUACAAUAUGUCUACAUGUAAAAUGGGAAUUUUCCAUUGCAUGUGGACUUCUGUUAUUUUACUACCAUGUGUUGUCCCCCCCGCCCCCCUUUCAUUUCAACCCCUGGGGUGGUCCAGGUUUCUCCACUUAGCAAUGAUUUUACAGGCGCUUUUUGAAAAAUGUCUCUAAAUUAAAAUGUAAAAAUGUUGUCUUAAGUUUAAUCACAGAGGUUUGUUUAAUGAGAAGUGGUAUAGCCAUCUGACAAGCUGAACACCCCAGCAGUGAUUUUUUUUUUU